GUGGAGGUUGCACUGCUCCCUUGUGAGUUGAGACAGAAAGGAAGAGAUAGGAUGAGAAGGAUGAAGAGUGGGAAAGUAAAGGGAGAGAGGAGUUAGUGAAGAAGAAUACAAGGCAGCAGAAAGCGCUCUCUAGGACCAUCGUUUUCCGCCCCCGUUAAUCAGAUGAAACAAGACAAGGGUCACCGGGAAGAGGAAGAGGAAGAAGAAGAAGAAGAAGAAGAAGAGUUGAGCAUGAAGAAAGAGGGUCCUCCCACCAAGAAAGAUGGGAAAAACCAUGACAAGGCUAAUGCCAUGCGAUCAAAACAUUCCGUCACAGAGCAGCGCCGAAGGAGCAAGAUUAAUGAGAGAUUUCAGAUAUUGAGAGAUCUCAUACCCCAUAGUGAUCAAAAGAGGGAUACAGCAUCAUUCCUAUUAGAGGUUAUUGAGUAUGUUCAAUAUUUACAGGAAAAGGUACAAAAGUAUGAAGGGUCAUACCAAGGAUUGACUCCAGAGCCCACAAAGUUAAUGCCGUGGAGAAACAGUCACUGGCGUGUUCAAAGUUUUGUUGGUCACCCUCAAGCCAUAAAUAAUGGUUCUGGUCCUGGCUCGGCAUUUUCUGGGAAGUUUGAUGAGAAUAACAUCAAUAUUACUUCAACCAUGCUUGUGAAGGCACAGAAUCCAGUAGAAUCUGACCUUAGCAGGGAUGCCACCUGCAAAGCAGUGGAUCACCAAUCUGAGUUUAACAAGGCAAUCGUCAUGCCCAUAUCUUUACAGUCAAACAUGUCUGCUCCUGUCCAAAGUGAGGGUGGGCUUGUGCAUCCUCUUCAGGGACCAGUUUCUGAUGCACAAUCGGCUGACUGCCCCAUCACUAGUGAGACACUUAGUAAAAAAGAGGAGCUAAUGAUAGAAGGAGGCACAAUUAGCAUCUCAAGUGCUUAUUCUCAGGGGCUAUUAAAUACUCUGACACAAGCACUGCAGAGUUCUGGUGUGGAUCUGUCACAGGCCAGUAUCUCAGUACAGAUUGAUCUUGGAAAGCGGGCAAAUAGAGGACUGCCGUCGGGGACUUCCAUUGCUAAGGAUCAUGAGAACCCCCCUCCUAGCAAUCAUAUAAUUGCACAUCAUAGGGAUGCAAGCAGUGCCGAGGACUCGGAUCAAUCACAAAAGAGACUGAAGACAUAAAACUAGUACGCCAUGCCUAAGUCUCUACUUUCACUUUUUUUUUCCUCCGUUUAUUUUCAAGUUAUCUUCCUUUUUCUACUGGGAUAUACACGUAUUAUUCCUGCUUCACCAACUAAUUUUCUGUACAUGCUAUACUUGUUGUUUUGUUGAUCUUUCGUGCUAUUCAUGGGAUUGUAUUAAGAGAUGUUCCUUUCUUGCAGUUGCAUUUUAGAUUUUUGUUCAGUGGCUGCCAUUGUCUGUAAUUAGGUUGUCUAAAAAAACUGAUGCUGAUGAAAUAGUAGAAAGCAGCAGCUUUAAGCUUGUGUCCCUUGUAUUUUAAUGCCACUAAUGAGAGUUGCUUAUCAUUCUGAACAUGUUUUAUUGAUGUGUGGCCAAGCAUCUUUCAACAUUUCUACGAAGUACACUCUUAUUUAAAUAAAUGUGGGAACCACGGUUUGGUGGUUGAAGCUGAUGAGAAGCAUCUGUAUUUGGACCGAGAACAGGUUAAGACAUGUCAAAACUAGAGUUGAAUUCCUGCUUUCC